GCCUCCCAAAGUGCUGGGAUUCACAGGCUGAGCCACCGCGCCUGGCCCAGAUUACUUGUUGACAGCAGGCCCGAGUACCCUCGCCUCAGCCUCACGUAGCCUGAGCACGGGAAAGAAGGAGUCCUUUGUGAGUUCGCCGCUCACAUUCGGCGGUGGGAAACAGAUCCGAAGACCCUUUCCUAGGUUAGACGCUCAGCUCUCGCGGCUCUGAACCACUGGUGAGCGGCGAGUGCUCCCAGCCGGACCCCGCCAGGACCUCCCUAUCCAGCCCCGGGACAGCUCCGCCUCGUUCAGGGCCGCGUGCGCGUGCGCGAUGCCGGGGGCGGGGCCUGCGCGCGUCCCGGUUGCCUGGAUACCGAGCGCGUCCCUGGCGGCUGCCGGAGCUAGCGAGCUGCAGGGCCUGGGGUGUAGCUGAAGAGGCAGUUGGCCCUCAUUUGUCAAGAAACCCGCGGAGGAGCCGCGCGCCGCGAUUCCCCAGCCUGGUCCGGUCUGCGGAGAGCGAUGCCGCUUCUGGACACCAUGUUCUGCGCUCAGCAGAUCCACAUUCCCCCGGAGCUGCCGGACAUCCUGAAGCAGUUCACCAAGGCUGCCAUCCGCACCCAGCCGGCCGACUUGCUGCAGUGGUCCGCGGGAUAUUUUUCAGCCUUGUCGAGAGGAGACCCACUUCCUGUAAAGGAAAGGAUGGAAAUACCCACAGCAACACAGAAAACAGACACAGGCCUGACUCAAGGACUCCUUAAAGUUUUGCACAAGCAGUGUCACCACAAGAGAUACGUGGAACUAACCGAUCUGGAGCAGAAGUGGAAGAAUUUGUGCCUGCCGAAGGAAAAAUUCAAAGCACUCUUACAACUGGAUCCUUGUAAUAACAAAAUCGAGUGGAUAAAAUUCUUGGCACUUGGAUGCAGCAUGCUUGGUGGGUCCUUGAACACGGCGCUGAAGCACCUGUGCGAGAUCCUCACGGACGACCCGGAGGGUGGGCCCGCUCGCAUCCCCUUCGAGACGUUCUCCUACGUCUACAGCUACUUGGCCAAAUUAGACUCCGACAUGUCUCCCUCAGAAACGGAAUCCUACCUUGCCUCUCUCAAGGAAAAUAUAGACGCUAGGAGGAACGGCAUGAUAGGACUUUCAGAUUUCUUCUUUCCAAAGAGGAAACUUUUAGAAAACCUUGGAAACUCUGAAGACGUAGGCCAUUAAGACAGAGAAGAAUACAUUUUCAUGUCAAAAUAGUGCUCUUUACAAUUUUGGCACCAAAUACAGCUUCUCAUUAAUCACA